GCCUCGGGGCCCGGGCAGGCACAGCUGGCGGGACUCGGCGCAGGCUAGCGCGGAGCUGGUGUAUCCACCUCACAGCUGCAGGCGGACUGUAAGCGCGCGCGCGGUCGCCAUGGCAGCGCAGCCGCCGCGGCCAGUGAGUGAGAGGAGCAUGGGGAGUCCCCAAGAGGCCGCCCGUGCGCCGGCCAGGUCCCCGGCUUGGACCCCCACUCAGGCCCGUACUCCGGGCGCGGCCCUGGUGGGCCAGCGCGAAUCUCCAGAAUCUGGUCUCCAGGAACAUUAUUCUAACCUGUGUAUGGAAAAAUCCCAGAAAAUUAAUCCUUUUAUAUUGCGUAUACUCCAAGAAGUGGAUGAAGAAAUUAAAAAGGGGCUAGCAGCAGGAAUCACAUUAAACAUUGCUGGGAACAAUCGCUUAGUGCCAGUAGAAAGAGUUACAGGUGAAGAUUUUUGGAUUCUUUCCAGAAUUUUAAAGAAUUGUCUGUAUAUUAAUGGUUUGGAUGUUGGAUAUAACCUUCUAAGUGAUGUUGGUGCAUACUAUGCUGCGAAACUGGUUCAGAAACAACUUAAUCUCAUUUACUUAAACCUCAUGUUUAAUGAUAUUGGGCCUGAAGGUGGAGAAUUGAUUGCUAAAGUGCUACAUAAGAAUCAGACUCUGAAAUACCUAAGAAUGACUGGAAACAAAAUUGAAAAUAAAGGUGGAAUGUUUUUUGCUGCAAUGCUGCAAAUUAAUUCAUCCUUAGAGAAAUUAGAUCUGGGUGACUGUGACCUGGGAAUGCAAAGUGUGAUAGCAUUUGCUACAGUACUAACUCGAAACCAAGCAAUUAAGGCAAUAAACCUAAACCGACCUAUACUGUAUGGUGAACAGGAAGAGUCCACAGUCCAUAUAGGCCGCAUGUUGAAAGAAAAUCACUGUCUUGUUGUACUACACAUGUGUAAGCAUGAUAUAAAAAACAGUGGUAUACAACAGUUAUGUGAUGCACUGUAUCUGAACAGUAGCCUGCGCUACCUUGAUGUCAGCUGCAACAAAAUAACUCAUGAUGGAAUGGUGUAUUUGGCUGAUGUACUGAAAAGCAACACUACCCUGGAAGUAAUAGAUCUUUCCUUUAACAGAAUUGAAAAUGCAGGUGCAAACUAUCUCAGUGAAACUCUUACUUCACACAACAGGAGUCUUAAAGCGUUGUCAGUAAUCAGCAACAACAUAGAGGGAGAAGGACUUGUUGCUCUUUCACAAUCAAUGAAAACAAAUCUCACAUUCUCUCAUAUCUACAUUUGGGGAAACAAAUUUGAUGAGGCUACGUGUGUAGCAUAUUCAGACUUAAUUCAAAUGGGUCGUCUAAAACCAGACAAUACAGAUGUGGAGCCAUUUGUGGUAGAUGGACGUGUAUAUCUUGCAGAAGUCUCCAAUGGUCUUAAAAAGCAUUAUUAUUGGACAUCAACUUCUGGAGAAUCUUAUGACCACUCAUCUAAUGCAGGUUUUGCUCUUGUUCCAGUAGGUCAGCAGCCAUGAAAAAGUAGCUCUAAAAUAAUUUUCAUACAUUUGUCUUAUUAUUUCACAGAGGUUAAUAUUCUAUGGCCUAUUUGUUUUCCUUUAUAAAUUAAAACAAGUUACUUUUUUCAAAUGUGUAAAAGAUAAUAACUUUGUAUAACUAUC